CAAUUGUUGGAUCAUUUUUUCUGCUGAUUGCGAGCAUCGCAAUACCACCAUGCUGAAGUUCUGGGCAUUAUCGAUGGUUGCGGCAAUAUCUGUUCUUGUCAAACUUUCAGAAGGUAUCACUAAUUGUCAGGGAUUGUCAAACAACCUGAUCAUGAAUGGAUAUUGCUACAAUGCCUAUUCUUAUUCCAUAAGUGCUAGUGAUAUACGAAUCUAUUGUGGUGUCCAAGGAGGGGAUGGGGCCGUAGUGACAAACACUGCAGAGUACAACGCAAUCUACAGUUAUUUGCGAACUUACCGAAGUUUGCAGACUAUCUAUCUACUCGGAAUGACAAUUGGAGCGUCUCAAUUGAGUCAAUUGUUCGACCUUGAUGGCAAUGUCAUCCCGUACGCGGGAAAUUGGGCUUCCACUCAUCCCCAAAUGCCCUCGGUAGACGUGGGUAUUCAAACGUUUCCGAAUCCAGAUAAUGUCGGAAAUGGAAUGAUCACAAUGAACGGCUUAUCACCUGUGUCACAUUUUGUAUGUCAAACAUUAGGUCAAUGUUCUGUACUUCAAGCUCCGGCUUUUGGAACAAUAAAUUGCGAUUUGUCGCCGCCUAAUGUACAUGAUUCCACGUGCACAUUUGGAUGUAACGAAGGAAGAUAUCUUCAAGGCGCGGGGUCCACAACAUGCAAUGACAACUUAGAAUGGACAAAUACAAUGCCUGAUUGCCCUAGAAUCCAAUGUGGAGAACCAAAUACUCAGGCCACUGUACUAGGCUGUAGUGAUGGUUACUACUGGGGGAGCACAUGCACUUUAUCUUGCGGACAAGGAUUUGAAUUGAUUGGAUUUGAUUCGAUUACUUGUGGGGGGCCAGACAACCCAGGAACAUGGGGCCCUUCACCACCUAUUUGCCAACCUAUUGAAUGUUCAACACUGUCAUUUUUGGUAGAAGGAAAUGCUUUCUUUUGUACGAAUAGCAAUAAUUGGGGAAGCCAGUGCACUUUCGACUGCACAAUUGGAUACAACUACGGUCCCGGAAGUCCAGUCACCACCACGUGCGGGGGAACUACACAUCCUGGAAGUUGGACGCCUACGCAACCUGCUAAUCCAACUUGCACUAUUGUUACCUGUACCACAUUGUAUCCUUGGACUGAAGCUAAUGGUGUCCUCAGCUGUAGCCCACCGUUUGAAUUUACGGACGUAUGCACAUACAAUUGCGAUCCAGGAUUUAUUCUACAGGGAUCAGAACAAAGACAAUGUCAGAGCACUGGGGAAUGGGAUGGUAGCUCUGGUCAAUCGUGCAGACCGGUUAAGUGCUCGGAUCCGGCGUUUGAUACUACCCAUGGAACACAAGCUUGUCCAGGCGGAAAUGACUACCAAAGCACAUGCACAUCUAGCUGUGAAAGUGGAUAUGAAUUAAACGGAGAUGCUAGUGUAAUGUGUCAGCAAAAUGAACAGUGGAGUGGAACUCUACCAACAGAGUGUACUCCUGUAUCAUGCGGCCUUUUCCCAUAUGACGGUACAAGAACGUGUGCCCCAAAUAAUAACCCUCCAUUUUCAUUCGGAACAGCUUGUAGUAUUGAAUGUCCUCAAGGAACAGAACUAAUUUCUGGAAGUCUACUUCUACUGUGUCUUGAAGAUGGAACAUGGAGUGGUCCCCCGCCUACGUGCAGAAUCAGGAUGUGCUCGGUUCUUGAAUUCCCCCCUGGGGAGGUUAGUUGCACUCCGGACAACUUCGAUUAUGACACAGUCUGCAGGUAUACAUGCAAUAGUGGUUAUGAAGUUGAUAUACCUGGGCAGACGGUCACUUGUGAAUUGGAUAAAACAUGGUCAAAUAUUGAAAAUAUGCCAACUGCGUGUAACCCUGUCGACUGUGGUGCGUACGGUGAUGUUGAAGGCGGCUCAGUACAAUGUGAGGGUGGUACAACAUAUACACAAAUAUGCCGUGUCUCGUGUAUGACCGGUUACAGCCUGGUGCAAGAAACCUCACAAUGCCAAGCUAAUGCACUAUGGAGUUUACCACGUCUCGAGUGUUCAAGAAUCCUAUGCCGGUCUCUAGAUUUCAAUAAUCAACCUGGUAAUAUGAUGUGCGAUCCCCCUGGUUUUGGAUACCCGAGCACGUGUAGUUUUGUCUGUCAUGCCGGAUACACAUUAAAAGGAGACAAAUCAGAACUUACAUGCCAGAUUGAUGGAUCGUGGGAUGGCAUUGAACCAACAUGCAAAGAUGUUAUAUGCGACGACUUAUCUUUGGAAGAGGGAACAGUUUCUUGCCCAGACGGGACUGGCUACGCUGCAGUAUGCAAGUUCGAGUGCAGUUUUCCUCUGAAACUUUAUGGUUCGGAUGAGACAACAUGCUUGGCAAGUGGAGAAUGGUCUCAUGGUGUACCAGAAUGCAGAAAAUUUUCUCCAAAAUGUGAUGAUGCGAUUGAGCCGCUAAUUUGUGAAAAUAAUUGUGAUGACAAUUCUGACUGUGAAGUUGACGAGGUUUGUUGUCCAUCUUCAUGCGGACUAACAUGCAAAAAAGUUAAAGAUGAACCUAAACCCAAGAAUCCCUUCUUAAAUAUAAACAAACAGACAUUGCUUUUACUACUGGCCGCUUCGAGUCGACGUAAGCCAGUGUCACGCCCACCAGUGCGACGCCCGCCUCAGUGUCCAAGAUGUAACCGCAAUGCAUGUACAACAGGCUUGCACAGUUGUCCAACGUAUCUCAAUGCUCUAUGUGGGACGACUUGUAAUGGAUGUAGAGCCCAUUUCCUUUAUCGUAAUAAUCCUAGAGUGGAAGUAGGAAACCGAUGUCUAUGUCCACGAAAUAGUCCACCAAACCCAAGGUGUGGUGGAUACAUGUGCAACGGAGUUAGAUGUGCAAACUUCCCACAAGCUGAGUGUCGUGUGUACGGUUGUGGGCCAACAUGCUAUUUGCAGUUUUUCGAUAGAUUCGGACGAAGAGUAUUGUGUAGACAAAAAGCAACUUGUCAGCCUGGGAUAAACUCAGUUGGUCUUUGUGCCAGAGCAUGCCUCAGUGCGUCUUGUCCAAAAUAUUCAGCAGCUCAUUGUCGAGUAAGAUGCAAUGGAUGUCCUGCUGAAUUCUUCGAUCAAAGAACGAAUAUGCCUAUUACAGAUUGCAAUUAAAAUCAUUGGGAUUAUAUUAUUAUGUGAAUUCUAUUGUAAUCAAUUAAAAUUAUUGAGACAUAAUAAAUUUGAGCUUUUCAUUCAUUAUUAAUAAUAUAAUGUCUGGAAAUACAAAUUUUUGAUCACCUAAAUUAAUUUUUACAUUCAAACUGGAAAAAAUGCCAUAAUUUCAUAAUUUCGGCUGUUCGAGUUAAAUUUCGAUGACGAAAAUCUAGGAAUACAUGAAAUUUCCGACUCUGUUCAUUGUAAGUUUAUCAUUUUAAUUUUAGGAGUUUUGUUUGCAUUCAAACUCAACAUUACAGAAAAUAAUGUUGAAAACACUUGCAUUUUUCCAACUGAGUUUUAUAUUCUGCUUUUUAGUCAAAUUAAGAAUACAAAUGGAUAUGCAUUCCAAAUUGUUUCGAUCAUGUUAUAUAUAUUAGGUUUUAUUCCAAAUGGCAUUCUUCAUGUUUGAGUGCGUGUGAAAUUUUGAGAGUCUAGUUUGGUCAAUUGUAACAAAUUUGCAUUGAGUUACUACAAAAAAAUUGAUUUGUUGUUUCGUUAUCCAAUCUAACUUUUUUGGUGUUUGUACAUUUUUAUUUUAUUUGUUGUUUGUUAUAUAAAAGUAAUACAUGGCCAUAACUUUAGAGCUCUAGUUUGUAUGUUCAAACCUUUUAUGGAAUGGAUGGCUCAUAGUCAAUUUAUAGUAAAACAACUAAACCUCAGGAGUGAAUCAAGUCGGGUUAUGGCUUAUCUCAAAUUCAAGUAUGUUUUAGGUUUUAUAGCUCUGUAUUGUUUAUAGUUUUUUUUUAGUUCUUUAACCAUUUGCAAUU